UCUCUCCACUGCUUUCUUUCUUUCUUUUUUCUUGGUCGUUGGAUAGCUGACCUGGUAUUCUAUAUUUCAGUGACUUAUUCCACGAAUCCAAUUUUGAACGCACUUUUUGCAAUCUUCUAUGGAUUAACGACAUAUUUUUAUAUUACUGCGAUGGUUGGAGAUCCUGGCUUUGUUCCAAAGCUUGGCAGCAGAAACCAGCAGAGAGCAGUCAUUUCGGAGCUUUUCGAGCAGUGGAAAUUCGACGAGGAAAACUUUUGUGUUUCCUGCAUGGUUCGAAAGCCCUUGCGAAGCAAGCACUGCAAACGUUGCGGACGUUGUGUUGCAAAACAUGAUCACCACUGCCCGUGGAUUGAUAACUGUGUUGGAGCAAAUAACCUCCGUCAUUUUGUUCUGUACAUCACCUGUUUGGAAGCUGGUAUUAUCCUGUUUGUGCAUUUGACAUUUUCUUAUAUCAACAUUCUUCCAGCACCAACGGAAGCUAAAUGUAAUAUCAUCAAUGAAACUCUCUGCGAUUUUGUGCUUCGCGAUACUUUUACAAUCAUUCUUGACUUGUGGGUCAUCAUUCAGCUGGUCUGGGUCACUAUGCUCUGCGCUGUUCAGCUUGUUCAAAUUUCCCGAAACCAGACGACGUAUGAAAACAUGAGGGGCCACUCGAUCGAUCGAAGCUACCCAAGCUCCCGGGCCUUUGCCUCGGCCCUGGCGGCCGGAACGACCUCCCUAGAUGCUGCCGGGCUCUCGUCCACUGGUCAAGGCCCGAACCCAGCACUUGCUCACGGUCCUCAACGCCCUAUUCGACGACAUGGCUGCAUUCAGCAAUGGUCUUCCCUCCUCGGUGUUGAUACUUUCUUUGCAACGGCACGUGAUGGAUUGAGAGAUGGCCCACGUGCUGCCCGGCCCAAGAACCCCUUCUCACGGGGCUGUAUCACGAAUUGCCGCGAUUUCUGGUGUGAUGCGUCUCCAUACUUUGGGAAACGGGAACCUGGCUCUGCAAUGCUGGGGGGAGAAGUUGUGAACUAUAACCGGAUGUACGAGGCACCUCUGCGGAUGCAUAGUGGAAUGGGCGGCUCGAGUGGUGCCUAUCGAAGCCUAGCGGGUGAGGAUCCAGAGCAAAAUGUUUGAACGAUGAUAUCUCCGUUAUACGAUAAUCGAACCUUGACGCGCUUCAUGAUACCUAUAGGCAAAGCCUUCGGUGUUGAGAGCGCAAUAUAAUGAUUACGGAUGAAUUCUGCAUUUGGUAUAGAUGGCCAUUGAUGGGGACCUUUUUUUUCUUUUCUUUUCUUUUCUUGUCUUGUCUUGUCUUGUCUUGUCUUCCCCCUAUUCUGACUCCCAUGUUUUACUUGGCAGCAUGUAUUAUGUUUUGCAUACAACGCACAUAGCAUGACAAAUAUUGAUCUGCUCGGGUUCACAUUAUCUUAAUUCCGGUGUCUGAGCAGAACUACCUUAUCUAGAGUAAUAAAGUACGUCCGGGUUGAAUCUGAUCGAGCUUUUCUGUCUUCCAGGGUGGGAUUAGUGCUGGCCAAUGAUGUCUCUGAGCUUAGUGACUGGAUGUAGACAGUAAGGCUUCAUUUCUAGCACGGGUUGUCUUCA